AUGCACUUUUCAACAUUGAUUACGGCCUCACUAGCCGCUUCACCUGCUUUUGCAGAGAUCUUGUACAGCGUCGUCGUCUUUACCAGACAUGGCGACCGCACUGCCAAAUUCUUCAAAGAUUAUGGCAUGACAAACUUGGGUGCUACCCAGAUGUACGAGUCUGGUGAGUACUAUCGACAGCGAUAUGUCGAACAGGGUGCUUCCAACAAGAUCCUGAACAUCUCAUCGGACAAGGCUACCACCAGUCAGAUAUGGGCAUCCGCUCCUGACCAAGGGGUCUUGUAUCAGACUGCGAUGAACUUCCUGCAAGGUCUCUACCCUCCCCUCAACGAUAUCAACACCCAGCUUAGCACACAGACCUUGACCAAUGGUACCGAAGUAACUUCACCCCUGAAUGGCUACCAAUUCAUUCUGGUCCAUGGCGAAGAUACCACCACGCCAGACACAAUCUGGAUCAAGGGCGAUGACCAGUGCCCGACGUAUAACACGGCAUAUGACUCGUACCAUGAUAGUCCUGAGUACAAAGAGACGCUGAAUGUUACAGCACCCUUUUAUGAGUCCUUUGUCCCAUUGCUGGGAGAUAUCAUGGGACAGGAGAAUGUCACAUAUGCCAACGCGUAUGAUGUGUUUGAUCUCCUUAACGUUGCUUCUAUACACAAUGCUUCUGUUGCUGAGAAUAUCGAGGGUGCCGAUUUGGACCAACUCCGUUACUUGGCAAAUCACUGGGAAUGGAACCACAACUACAAUCAAACUAUGCCAGACCGCUCCAUUGGCGGUAUGACCCUCGCUGGAGGAGCACUCCGUCAACUUCAAGAUGUUGUCAAGGGCAAAGCAAAGGUCAAGUUCAGCCUCAUGGCCGGCAGCUACGACACACAGAUGGCCUUCUAUGGCUUGACCAAUCUGACUGCUGCCAGCCCCGAUUUCUUUGGUCUACCAAAUUAUGCAGGCAGCAUGGCAUUUGAGGUCUUCAGUGAAGAGGACAAUGCUACUGCAUUCCCCGCCAACCCAGACACCGACCUGCGAGUGAGAUUCCUCUUCAAGAACGGAACCACAGAUGAUGCAUUGACAGCAUUCCCUCUCUUCGGUGGAUCUGAGCUGAGCCUACCUUACGGCGAGUUCGUCUCGGAGCUUUCGUCUCGCAGCAUUGUAAAAGUUGAGGAGUGGUGCACAUUGUGCCAGUCAGACGCAGGCUUCUGCUACGAAACUCUACAUAACUCGGAAUCAUCCAACUCAGGAUCUGGACCAACAGUCAGCGCUGCAAGUGGCAAGUCUGGACUAUCGAACGCCGCUGCUGGAGGAAUCGGUGCCGGAGUUACACUGGCUGUUGUCGGAAUCAUUGGAGCUUUGGCUUGGUUACUCACUCGACGAAAGAGGACCACGAACCCUGACCCAGCUGUUGCCUCUCCUGCGUACCAUGCGGAGGAGAAAAGGUCGGAUUCGAGUCAGAGUGAGAUCUCCGUGUGA